CUUCAGAUAUUUGCCCAAACAGGUUACGUUUGAAACCCGGCCUGUGGAGUCUCAACAUUUCCACGUCCUUAGACGACCUUAUAGGGCGAUAAUCAUGCUGAAGAAUCUUGCUAACGGAAUCUGCCCUGAUGCCAAACUAUCAAACAAAAACUCCAUUUAUCACAGGCAGACUGAAACUAUUAAAGACAUUAAACAUCACGUUCUUGUCACAGGGGGCGCUGGUUAUCUUGGUUCAACUCUUGUUCCUCUGUUGCUUCAAGAAUGCUUUCAGGUCACAGUUUACGAUACGUUCAAUUACGGAAUCUCUUCUCUUCUUACACUUGUUCAUAAUCACGAUUUGCAAGUCAUAAAAGGAGACAUCCGUAAUGUAGAAGACAUACAAAAAGCCAUGAAAGGCGUAGAUACCAUCAUUCAUCUAGCUGCCGUUGUUGGUUACCCCGCGUGUGAUAAAGAUCCAGCUCUGGCAAUUUCAGUCAACGAACAAGGCACCAAGAACAUUGCAAAUUAUUUGCAACCUCACCAGAAACUCAUUUAUGCUUCUACUGGGUCCUGCUAUGGUGUUGUCGAUAAAAUAUGUACAGAAGAAACAAAAAUAUCCCCACUUACCUUGUACGGAAGGACCAAAGCGGCCGGAGAGAAGUUUGUUCUUUCCAAAGGUGGUGUGGUUUUACGUUUGGCUACAGUUUUUGGUGUUUCGCCACGCUUGCGUUUGGACUUACUCAUCAACGACUUGACCAUGAAAGCGGUAAAAUUUAGAAAGUUCGACUUAUAUGAGGGUAACUACAAAAGGACUUUCUUGCAUGUGAAAGAUGCAGCUCGCGCCUUUCUCUGUACACUAAAAAAUUAUAAACGAAUGAGGGGAGAAGUCUUUAACAUCGGAGACGAAAGUAUGAACAUGACUAAAGCUGAAGUAGCCUUUAAAAUCAAGAAACUGGUACCCAGUUGUGUUAUCCAGACUUCCACAUCAGGAGAAGAUAAAGAUAAAAGAAACUAUUCAGUUUCUUAUGCAAAAAUACGAAAGUUAGGGUUCAAGUCUUCUAUUACAAUCGAAGAGGGCAUAAAAGAACUUCUAAAAGUGCUUCCCAACUUAUCUGUUUCCGAAGUAUCACUAAGCAAAAAUGUAUAACCGCUCAAAAUUAGAAGCAUACUUUUAUUUCAUAUUGUUUGUGUAUGACGCAGUUUUUGUAAUGAUCGAAAACCUAUGAUUUUAAUCCUUUAAAAUAUUGACUAUGAAGUGGAACUAAACUGGCCUAGUCCUAUCAUAACUGUAUUAGUGUUUUAGUUACAGAUCAUAUUAACAAUACCUUAACAUAGAAAUUCAUUAGUGCCUAAUUUAUUAGUUGUUCUGAUGUUUUCGCUGUACCUUCAAUUCUUUUCCU